AUGAGAAACCACACAUCAGUAACGACAUUCAUACUUCUGGGACUGACAGAUGAUCCUCAAAUGAAGGUUCUAAUUUUUAUGUUUCUGUUUGUCACCUACAUAUUGAGUGUAACUGGGAACCUGACCAUCAUUAUACUCACCUUUGUAGAUUCCCACCUUAAAACUGCCAUGUACUUUUUCCUCCAAAACUUCUCCUUUUUAGAAGUUUCAUUCACCACAGCCUGUAUUCCUAGAUUCUUAUAUAGCUUAUCAACCGGGGACAAUACUAUUAGCUAUGAUGCUUGUGUUGGUCAGUUAUUUUUUAUCAUUCUCUUUGGAGCUACAGAGUUUUUUCUCUUGGCUGUCAUGUCCUAUGAUCGCUAUAUAGCCAUCUGCAAACCUCUGCAUUACGUGACCAUAAUGAACAGCAGAGUCUGUGGAAGGCUGGUUUUCUGCUGUUGGAUAGCUGGUUUGUUAGUAAUAGUCCCACCACUUUGUCCAGGCUUAACCCUGGAAUUUUGUAACUAUAAUGUUAUUGAUCAUUUUCUCUGUGAUGCUUCUCCUCUCCUGAAGAUUUCUUGUUCGGACACAUGGCUCAUAGAACAAAUGGUGAUAGGCUUUGCUGUUUUGGCCACCAUCAUGACCCUUCUGUGUGUUGUUUUGUCCUAUACAUACAUCAUCAAGACCAUCAUAAAAUCCCCUUCUGCUCAACAAAGGAGGAAAGCCUUUUCUACCUGCUCUUCCCAUAUGAUUGUGGUUUCUAUGACCUAUGGUGGUUGUAUCUUCGUCUACAUCAAACCUUCAGCCAAGGAUGAGGUGGCUAUUAAUAAGGGUGUGGCACUGCUUACUACUUCAUUUGCCCCCAUGUUAAACCCAUUUAUUUAUACCCUUAGGAACCAGCAAGUAAAGCAAGAGACUCAGGUUCGAUACCUGGCCAGUGCACCUCAUGUGCGGCCACAAGUCAUCUGUCAGUGGAAGAUCGCCUAUUGCGAUGAUGCUGAAUAA